UCAGGCACACUAAUGACCUUAUCAUGGCUGGGACUGAUCAGCUCAGGAAUUAUGUUGGCCAGAUACUACAAACUAUCAUGGGAAGGCAGGACUCUUUGUAAUGUCAAGAUCUGGUUUGCUUUCCAUCGUGGCUUAAUGAUUCUCAGUCUGUUUAUGAUGAUUACUGCCUUGAUUCUUAUAUUUGUGAAGGUUGGUGGAUGGAGCCAGGUUGAUGGUAAUCCUCACCCUAUCUUGGGAUGUGUAGCUGUUGGUCUGGCUCUUAUACAGCUAUUCAUGGCUUUCUUCAGACCAAAGCCAGAUUCUAGCAGAAGACCAGUUUUCAACUUAUCACACCAAACUGUUGGCUAUUCUUCAUAUAUUAUAGCAGUUAUCACAAUAUUCUUUGCUUCACAACUUGCAGCUGUAAACCUCCCAGACACAUUCAUGUGGGUUCUAGUAGGUGUAGUAGGAAUCUUUGCAACUUAUCACAUUAUUAUGCUGAUCAGCGACUAUAUCAUGUAUAAAAAGAAAGAAGUUGAGGAUACCAAAGAUUUUCAGGAAAAUGGUUUCAAAGAAAAGCUGCUGGUUCUUUACAUCUUCACUGUUUCAAGCUUAGUAGUUACAAUGAUAGUUUUCAUUUGGAAAGGCUAGAAACACUCACUACGUUGCACAGUGUUGACAACUGAAGAAUGAAUGAAUGUGAUUUUACAUUAUUUUAACUGAACAGUAAGGAGUUGAUUCAAUGUAUAAUAUUUAACAUCAAAAUGUUUAAUAUAAACUUCCUUGCAAAUGUUU